UGUGUAGCAUGGUGGACCAUGGCGCUCCACAGUUCAAGAAAGAUAUAUUUUCAUAAUUCGUAAAAACGAUUUUUCGUGUGUACCUAUUUAUGCUUGAAUAAUAUUAACAUGGAACCUCGAGUGAACGAACUGCUAAUAGCGGGCCCUGUCGCGACGAUUAAAGAAGAACCGGUUGAUCAAACUGGCGCGAAGCAAGACAUGCAACAAUCUCCGCAAGUACAGGGCGUUUGCAUCGAGGAAGAAUGCGAACAACGUAUCGAGUGUACCACCGAGGGCCAAGAAAACGAGACCCGGGCAUUUUUAUCGAAAUGUGUAUUCUGUGGAAAAACGUUUGUUCCUGGUGACGAUCCAAAACUUUUGGAGUGUUUACACGCAGCGUGCUCGGCAUGUGUCAACAGUAAACUGAGUGAUCACAAUACGUCGGUCGACGUGGAUGUUUUGUUGGAAAGCAAUGUGAUUGCUUGUCAAAUUUGUAAUGUCACCACUCAAGCAGACAAUUUAAUCGAGAAUCAGUUUUUGUCAAAAUUUAUAGAGGAAGAUAGUAGUCCAGGUACAGAUGAUGAGUUUAAAGAAACAGAAGAAGAAAAAAAGUGUACCAGCUGUCAUGAUAAUGCUAAUGCUACCAGUUGGUGUGUAGAAUGUGAAGAAUUUAUUUGUCAAAAUUGUGUUAUGGCACAUCAAAGACUAAAAAUCACAAAGGAUCACACUAUUAAACCAAAGGAUGAAGUUGCCAAUGAUAGAGAUAACGUUAAAAAGAGCAAUAAAAAGAUACCUGGCUAUUUAUUUUGUACAAUUCAUUCACACGAACAGUUGUCCUUAUUUUGUCAAACGUGUGAUAAACUUACUUGUAGGGAUUGUCAGUUAAGUGAACAUAGAGAUCACAAGUACAAAUUUAUUCAUGAAAUUGCUGCUGAGACGCGUACUUCUGUAUCAACCUUACUUAAAGAAGUCAGUUACAAACGAGUCUUACUCAAGAGUGCUAUGAAAGUUAUAGAGGAUAGACAAGUCCUCAUUCUAGAAAAGAAGAAAAAUUUAGUACAAGAUAUAACACAAAUGGUGGUGCAGUUAACAAAUGCAAUUAAUACCAGAGGAAAACAAUUAGUUAUGCGUUUGAAUGAAGUUUGUGAUCAAAAGCAGAAUACGUUAAACGAAAAGAAAGUAGCUUUAGACCAAUUAUCAAAGCUUACAGAUCAUUGUAUUCAAUUUGUGGCUCAUGCAUUAAAGAAAGGUUCAGAUCUAGAACUACUUUAUAGUAAAAAAUCCGUUACGAGUCACUUGCAAAGAAUUAAAAGCAGACGAGCUGACAUUCCAAAUCCAGAAAUACCUGUUAGAAUACAUUUAUCCUUGGAAAAAGUGCCAGACUUGAUAAAAGUGGUUUCAUCGAUCGGAGCGAUAGUAGUGGAUGGCAGAGUAUAUCCUUCGAUAUCUCCAUUGGGCGGAAUUAAUACGCCAUCUAUGUCGUACAAUGAAUCUCAGCCAGAGCAGAAACAGACAAAUAAUCUCUCGACUACUCCUAUGGAUGGUUCCUCUGUGGCUGCUCAAUUACCUCCCGUAACGCAACAGUCGAAUAAUAUUCAACAAAAUUCCUAUCAACAAGUGCCUCCGUCGUUAUCUCUACCACAACAACAACAACAGCAGCAGCAGCAGCAACAACAGCAGCAGCACCAACAACAACAACCACUACAACUACCACAAUCACAAAAUUAUAUGCAACAUUAUCCUAUUAAUAAUAUGCCACCACGAUCAUCGCCUCAGGCACAUCAGCCACGGGUGUUAUAUGCGGUUAACUUCAACAAUAAGAUGCAGCAUCCAGUAAUGAUGCAACAGCGACCAUUGGGUAGUUGUCAUCAACAAGUAACAUCAUCUACGCAUCCGCAUCAACAAGUCCAUAUAGAUCAACUUGGACAGAAUACAAGUCUACGUGGGCUUCUUGCACAUAAUCCUCCUCCUUAUCGGCCUUCUGCAAACCAUGUACCAUACCGACUACCACCGUAUAGAUAUCCUUCUAAUAAUUCUCAACGACCAGUACCGCCACACACGUAUCAACCGACAAAUACAUCAAUGGCAUCUGGUAUGAGGCUUCCACAAUGUAACGCAACUUCACCAUCUGCUCAGCAUUUAAAUUAUCCUGUGCAACAGCUCACCGCAGCCCGUUGGCACAUCCCCCAAAAUGUUAAUCCUUGUCUUCCUUAUUAUCCUUCCCGCCAUCAAGCCACACCACCAAUGCCAGUUCCUAUCAAUGAUACUUAUAAAAUAACGUUAAAGAAUCAACAACCCAACAACAAUCAAAAAUAUAAUACGCAAACAAGCGUUGCUUCCGAUAAUCCUCCUCAGGCGCAAAAUUCACCAUCUGUUGGGCACACGGUCAGUUCCUCGGUACCCAAAACGCCUAGUCCUGUGCCACCCGGAAAGACGGACGAAACUGAAAAGAGUUUAGACAAAUUUUGCCAGAAAUCAUUGAACGAUUUGAUGCUCACUAUUGCUAAAUUAGAUAGUAAUGGAAUCGUGGUGAUACCAGAGGCGCAACGAAAUCAGUUGGAUUCUGCUCAAGUAGAUAGUUCAACUGAUGAGGGAAUGAAUCCGAUGGCAGAGAAUUCAUCAGAUAAUUCCAAAAGUGCUGCAGCAUCUAUGGCAAAGGAUGAUCCUAAUGAAGAUUGGUGUGCAGUAUGCAUGGAUGGAGGAGAUGCUGUACUAUGUUGUGAUAAAUGUCCAAAAGUCUUCCACUUGUAUUGUCAUAUUCCUAGCUUAAAAUCAUUUCCUGAUGAAAGCGAAACUUGGCAGUGUAUGUUGUGUACAAAUGUGCUUGAUUGUUCAGAUGAUCCAGCAGGAGAAAAAAGGCCCAACACAAUCUGUGCAAAAGAGUUACGAAUUGCCCAAAGGAUUAUACUGGAGUUGUAUUGCCAGUAUGAGCAAAGUUUACCCUUCCGUGAAGUUGUUUCUAGUGAGAUAGUUGAUUAUCAUCGUAUUAUAAAGAAACCAAUUGCGUUAGAUGUAAUUAGAGAUAAAUUGAAACCUGAUCACCCAAAUCAUUAUAUGGACUUGAGACAAGUAAUGGCAGAUGUGAGAUUGAUGUUUAAGAAUGCUUUCACAUACAACCCUGUUGAGUCGCAAGUGUAUCAAGAAGCUCGUAAUUUAGAAGAAUUUUUUGAGAAAUUGUUACUGAAAUGGGCACCGAAUUAUGCUUACGACGAUCCUUUCCUAUCAGCUGAUAGAGAAGAAGAGGAGGAAGUAUUCCCUCCGAAUAGAAAAUAUCGACGGAUAGUUACUGACUAAUUUUUAUUUGUCACAACCGUGCACUUGAAAAAGUACGUUAUUUUUAAAAGAAAAUAGCAGAAUUACAU